AUGAAGGAUUUGGGUCUUCUCAGCUAUUUUCUCAGUUCGGAAAUCUCUCAUGAUCCGUUUGGUUACUUUCUCUCCCAGGCCAAGUAUACUUCUGAUCUCUUGGCUCGUGCUGGUCUUACCGAUUGCAAGACUGCCUCUACUCCUGUUGAUCCUCAGACUCGUCAUACAUCUCUUGAUGGUUACUUGUUGUCUAAUGCUACUUUAUAUCACCAGCCAGUUGGCAGUCUUAUCUAUCUCACGGUUACUCGUCCAGAAAUUGCUUAUGCUGUUCACAUUGUUAGGGACCCUACUAAUCGUCACUCUACUACAGGGUUCUACUUCUUCUUGGGUUACUCUCUCAUUAUCUGGCGUAGCAAGAAGCAAACUCUUAAUGCUCGUUUUAGUACUGAAGCUAAAUACUGUGCUCUUGCUGACACUACUCAAGAGCUUGUGUGGCUUCAUUAG